AUGGGUGUAAUGCUUCACCUCCAACAUGCGGCCCCUAGUGCCAGCCAAAUCGCCAUUGGGCUGGUAUUUUUCGGGCUGCUGGCUCUCAUCGCCGACUACGCCCGGAUGCUCCUUUUGAGGAGAAAGAUGCCUCCUGGUCCACUUCCUUGGCCGAUCGUGGGUAACACAUUCCAACUACCAGACAACAAGCCCUGGAUUUACUUCGAGGCCCUCGCCAAGCAGUACAAAACUCCCGUCAUCACGUACUGGAUCGGAAGGAGUCCCACAGUAUGGAUCUGCGAUGCCUGGGCGGCUUCCGAGAUGUUGGACAAGCGUGCGGGUAUCUACUCAUCUCGACCUCGAAUGGUCGUCUUUGGGGAACUUUCGAUGGGCCAGUCGAAUAUCGUCUCUAUGUUUUACGGGGAUCGAUGGCGACUGCAUCGGAAAUUGACCCACAUGGGUGUCGGUCUGCAGCAUGUUCGCAGCUACAGUGGCUUCCAGAACAACGAAAGCAAAGUCGUGGCGUUGGAUUUGGUCCGAGAUCCUGCCGACUAUGUCAUGCACUUCGAACGGUAUGCCGCCUCGGUCGUGAGCAUUAUUGGCUUUAAUCGUCGCAUUAAGAGCAAGGAGGAUCCCAUUAUUACAGAAGUCAUCGCUGUCAUGCAAAGAGCCGCCGAAUUGAACGUCCCAGGCAAGACCUUCCCAAUGCUGAUGGAGACAUUCCCCUGGCUUUCGUACUUUCCCAACUGGAUGGCACCUUGGAAGUGCGGGCUCGGAGCUGGAAAGGGGCGUGGUCGUUCAUUUUACUAUGCCCUCGCCGAAGAGGCCGUGCGCAAGAGUAAUGGCGACACAUGUUACGCGAAGAAGAUCUUCGACGAAGCCCCUAAGUAUAAUCUAUCGACCCUGGAGAUCGCUUCGCUCAACGGGAAUCUCUUUGGAGCCGGUAGCGAUACCUCGAGUUCCACUCUCAUCACGUUCAUCCUGGCUUGUUGCGCCUUCCCCGAAGUCCUACCUAAGGCGUGGGAGGAGCUUGAUCGCGUGGUUGGAUCGUACCGAAGUCCUAGUCUGGACGACGACCUACCUUAUAUCCGCGCGUUUGUGAAGGAGGUAUUCAGAUGGCGAUCGGUGGCCAUCAUUGGAGGCCAGCCACAUGCUCCGAUCCAAGACGAUUAUUUCAGGGACUGGUACAUCCCUAAGAACACGUGGGUGCAGGGCAACGUAUGGGCGAUCCACCGUAAUGAGAACGAGUUCCCAGAACCCGACCGCUUCUGCCCCGAGCGCUUCUUCGAAGACCACCCACUCCACCGACCCUUCCCGAACGAAAAGGGCUACAUGACAUUUGGCUGGGGUCGGCGUGUCUGCAGCGGUCAGGGGUUAGCUGAGCAGGGCACAUUCCUGACGGUGGCGAGAAUCCUCUGGGGCUUCAACAUCCAGAAAGCAUUGGACAAGGACGGAAACGAAAUCCCCGUGGAUAUUUUUGCAUACACAAACGGCCUGAACAUGCGCCCCGAACCGUUCGAAUGCCGCAUCACGCCGCGCACGCCCGAGAUCAAGGAGACGAUCGAGCGCGAAGGGAAGCAGGCGCUCGAGGAGCUGGCCCAGUACGACGGCGAGAGCCAGUACCGCAUGAGCACUUUUUACCUAGAAGAUAAAUUGUAG